GCUAUGCGAUAACCUAGCACACGCUUGGUUUUGCCGGUAAAGGCAGUUUUUCUUAUGUAUACACUACAUACUACAAUGUACAGUUGCCACUUAUGAAUAUGAAAUCAUCGUUUUCUGUUGUUUCACGCCGUAGCCGCAGUUUUCUGAUUAACGAAUUGCAGGCACACACGUGUUGAUUGACAGCGGUGGCCUGUAUUUCCCUGUUCUGACUGCACCAGACUGCUUUAUCAGUAAUUCAGUACAGACUUUUCGCCUGUGCAGCUGAGUUUUGCCUUGCUUUCUGGCUUUGUGUGUUGAUUGAAGGCGGUGGCCGUUACGUUCCCUGUUCUGAUGGCUGAUAUACUGUUGAUUCACUACAGCAAUUUUACCCGUUAAGCUGUGUUUUUUCCACUGCAUCGUUUCUUUGUCUCGAUUCUGACUGAUUUUGGAGAGGUUCAACAUUUUUAUUUUAUCUCGAUUAACUGUGAUUCCUAUUCAAAAUGCGUUUGGUAAAGAAGGAUCUAUCGGAGACGAAGCUCUCCAUCAGCAACUUCCGCGAUCCACCGAAGCCAGCGAAAGAGAAAGAUCCCGAUGAGCCCAUCGAGGAAAUCCAGCUGUGGCGUCUCAACUUCACCGCGCUGGAUUAUCCCGCCGUGGAGAUCACGCUUAACUGGUCUUUUGCCAAACUAAACCGCGUCCUCAAACGCUACAAUCCCGACAUGCUGCUCUCGGUCUGCUUCCAGAAUCUCCACUUUAAACCAGCCGAGAGGACGGAGAACGCGCCAACCGUGAAUCGCAACGAAGAAGCCUGCAAAUACGUGGAAGCAGUGCUGAAGAACGGGAUCCGCGUCAACGGACGGGAAUUCAACUUCUUCGGACACUCCAACAGCCAGUUAAAAGAGAAGACGUGUCUGAUGUACGAGGGCAGUAAGGAGCAGUGCUGGGAGGAGCGGAACAAGUUGGGCGAUUUUUCCAAGUUGACGAGCGAAGCGAAAGUGGCCAAGCGUCUCGGACUGCUGUUUAGCAGCAGUCAACCGGUGUUCCAGCUGCCCUGGAAGGGGAUUGGGCAUGAAGAUGGGUAUCCCGUUGAGCCGGACAUCGAGGAUGACGAUCAGAAUUUUACCGACGGAUGCGGGUAUAUUUCGACAAAGCUGAUGCGAAAAGUCGCCCACCACCUGAAACACCGCUUCGACAACCGUCCGCUGCUGCCGAGCGUUAUCCAGAUCCGUUACCGCGGCUUCAAAGGCGUCCUGGCCGUGAAUCCGUCGAUCACCUUCGACGUGGUUUUCCGGAAGUCGCAGGAGAAGUUCCCUGCGCGGACGACUCCUUCUGCGUCGUGGAAGCGUCCCGGCCGUACAUCUACGGCAAGCUGAACCAGCAGAUCGUCGCGCUGCUGUCCGCCCUGGGCAUCCCCGACGGGAUCCUGAAGGAGGUCCAACAGGAGCACUACCGCCGUCUGGAGGUCAUGUUCGAGGACCCCCUGGUGGCCUUCAAGGUCCUCUGCAGCGA